CGGAGACUUCCAAGGAAAUUCGGCAUUUUGUUCUAUCGGCUCAUCUAUCCGUUCUUCUAUCAGCAUAAUCUUGUCUGCUAGUGCUCUAUCAUAACGCGCAACUCCUCCAAGAUGCAUAUGAUCAGCCUUUUGUCACAUGUAUAUUGCGUCUGGCCCCCGCCAUCACCGUUCAUUUGACCACCACUUCUUGAACAGAUUCAGCCGCCUCCUCCCGCUCCUUCUCCAGCCUAUCAAACUUGCGCACGACCUGAAUCGUUGCCCAGUAGCUGAAAGGGAGUGCUAUAUACCAAAGUGCGGUGUUGAUGCUGGCCGUAGCUAUCAGAGCCGUUGGAAUGGCCUGGACGCCAAAUCCUACUGCAACACCCGCGGUCUCGAUGCCUCGAAGCAGGGAGCUAUAGCGAAUCUGGUCACCCGAUCCAGGUACCACUGUUCAUUGCCGCAAUGAGGACCCACGUGGCAAUGGCCCGAGUCUUUCGGCUCUUCGACCAUGGCAGAUCCACGAGGACACCGCUCAGCCAGGUGGCUAGAGUGCCGACGACUGCCGACAUGAAGCUUCCGAGCGCACGCGAACGAACGGUAAAGUAUCUUGCCAGGUAAGUACCAGGGUAUGCCUGCAUCCAGCCGAAGUACCAGAACAAUGGUGUCAAGAGCAAGAUCUCCUUGCUUCGAAUCAACCGCCACAUUUGUACGAGUUCAGUGCGCCAGGCAAUGCCCCUCGAGGCUUCGAGGCGGGUGCCAUCGUCCCGCCACACCUUGUCAGGAUUCGAUAACAACAGGCCGGAGAAGAAGCCUAAGCAUUGGAUGGCGAUAAAUGCUUGAUAAGUCUCAUACCCAACCUUUCCGCGAUGGUUGGUUUUAUGGUUGAGCGCCAGCGAUAUGGCCCCUCCGAUAAUGUUUCCGAAGUUGCGAAAGGAGAACCAAGUUGCAAUGUAUCGUCCUCGCUUGUUUUGCUCUGGGUAUCCUGUGGCAAUGGCACCUUCAACACUCCAGAAGAACCCGGCGCUAAUCCCGCAGGUAACAGCGCCGAAGUAUACCAGCCACGUGGCCCCAGUGCGAUUAUUGAGGUACAGCCCUGCGGCGUAAAGAGGAUAGCCUAGCGAACCAAUGGCCAAGGUCCACCUGAACCCGAUCGCAUUGGUAAGCCACGGUCCAGCAAAACAAGUGACAGUCAUGAAAGCGUAAAGGAGCGCGUUGGCGGCAUUGACGAGAUUCGGGCUCUGAGAACCUCCGACCCCCAGGCCGUUCAUAGCACUCCAUAUUCCCGGCGCGCAGAAGGCGCAGGUGCCGACGACCAGAAUCUGAAAGAGUGUUCGUCGGAAAAAGGGAUGUCGACUCUGCAAAGGCGCAGGGCCAUCUGUGGACAGUGGUACUGUGAUCGGACCAUCAUGAAUCUCUUCAGCACUGCCCACACCCAACUUCUCGUUGGUGUUGUUCGGCGGUGUCGACAUCUUCACAGCCUGGAGCAAAUGUCGAGCCAGGCUAGACCAACGAGUGUCAACAGUGGACACCACGGGAUACGAUAGACGCGUCAAUGAACAACUUGCCCCAUCAUAUUGCACACGUUGUGUCCUAUUCAAAAGUCUAUAUAUUGUUGGCCGUUUUGUUCCAGAUCCGGCCCAGAAGCACGCAAGCCGGUCCAACUCUGACGCCAUCUGGAUCUAGACAUUCCAACAUUUCCCCUCGGCACCCACGGGGCCCCUUGGACGAUCCGAAAACGUGGUCCAUGCAAGACCUCGGUCAAACGUGAGAAGUUUUGCACACCUUGCACGUUGCUCAUCGUCCCGCUAGGGAACGGUGUCCAGUCGCGUAUUCAGGAUGCCUCGGAUUCGCCUGGUCGCUGCAUUCGUGAUCGUUAGUGUGAAUGACACCACGGGAUUGUGGAACUGACCUACAACUAUACAACCCAGGGUUAUAUCUGCCACAUGCAGCGGGGAUGUCCAUCACACUGUGCAGACCGGGACAUCCAAGUCUGAAGUGGCGAUACAGCAGGAACAUUUCUGGUCCAACGAUUUUGACUGAGCAACAAUGGCAGCCUCUGUUGAAGAGUUGGGACUACAGUCCCUCAAACUCGAUGACCAGGCUUCGACGUUGGUCGCAUUCGAACCCUUUGAGUUGCCGUCCAGCAACCAGCGCAUACUUGGGCCGCCUCAUCCCAGCGGCACAGUCAUCCCGCUGGCUCUCAAACCAUCCACCCACGACGAUGUCGAGGUUGAUCUGGACACCGUUGUCAACAGCAUCAAGUCGCUUCAGGCUCGGGAUGGUACGCUGACCAAGUUACUUGCCCGUCAUGGAACACUGCUCUUCCGUGGUCUACCCAUCCACAACGCCCAUGACUUCAGCAAGUUCGCGCACGCAUUUGGCUACAAGCCUCAUGAGAUUAUUGGCAUCGUGGUGGACCGACCACUGCUGGCUCCCAAUGUGGCACCGGCGAAUGAGGCGCCUAAGGAAGUCCUGAUUUACAGCCACAACGAAUCUCCUCAGGUGCCACACGCUCCGGAGUAUAUCUUCUUCUACGGUCACAACGCGCCUGCCAAGGGUGGCGAGUCUCCCAUCUCGUCGUCUCUGGAACUGUUCCAUCGAGCUCAACAGGAGAUUCCCGAGUUCAUCGCCGAGCUAGGAGAAAAGGGGAUUCUCAGCAGAGUCACGUAUAAAGUGGACCAACAGUACGCCGGCGGGUCGACGCUCAAACAGGCUUUCGGCAAGGAGAUUCAGGACGGCGACGAUGAAGCCACCAAGCGGGCCAAGAUCGAAGCCCAGAUUGCCCGAUACAACCGUGGCGAGCAUACAACCUGGGAAUGGGGCGACGACGGUUCCAUUACCUUGACGCACCGACUGCCAGCCAUCCGCACGCAGCCUGGGACUGAUUUACCCACGCUGUUCACCGGUUUGGCCGCCAUUCAUAAGAAUCAAACGGCCAACCAAGGCACCGGCCGCAAACAGAACACCCUCCAAUUGUUUGGGGACGGCACCCCGAUCCCGGAAAAGUACCUGGCUCGUCUGGCCGAAAUCACAGACGAAAUCCGAGUUCUUCACAAGUGGCAACGCGGGGAUGUGCUGGUAUACGACAACAUCAUCGCUCAGCAUGGCCGACAGCCGUGGGAGGGCGAGCAAAGUGAUCGUGUUGUCCUGGCCAGUCUAUUCGACGGGGAGAAGGUGCCCGGUGCUUACGGGACGCAAGACUGGGCCCAGGUCGUCCAAGCUCUUGAAGGUUGAGUGAGUGCUGUAUGUGAUUGAAUGGCUGGUGGUCGAAAUGAAACCCCAUUUUCGGGUUUAUUGUUCAGCGCCGCUCUUCAGAGCAACUUGAUCCUGAUGACGGUGGAUUUGUCCUUCUAGCUAUGCGUUCAGAUUUGUAUCUCCCAAGAUCUACUCCGCCACAUCUACCGUGCAGCGGCCGUCUUCAGAUCCCAAAACUUUUGAUCUUCUCUUUCGCUGUGCAUCGGUCUAUGAACUGAAUGACGCUCACCUUUCUGUACAUACCACAACCGUCUCUCCCGGCAAGAGCAUGUUGUUCUAAAGGCCGGCAACCAUGCCCCAGACGCGCACGCCCUCGCCCCCUGGUUCCGCAAACCCUUCGGCGUUGACGACUCCCUGUCCUAUCCUCACUUCCUCUGCCACCCUGAAGCCAAAGUAGGCAUAGACGUCCCUUGCGUGCUCAUUGGUCGCCUCCAGCCACGCCGGGACGUUCUCCUCACGAGCUCUCUUCAUGAUCGGUUCCACGAGGUUACGGAUGGCGCCUGGGCUGACAUCAGUAUCGGUGAAUUGUUAGACCACCAUUAUCCCGGCCUUAUUCGCUGCUUGAAGCAUGUACUGCAUUUCACCAACUUACUUUUCUCAGACCGGCCUGGGGCACGGCCGAUGAGGUUGAGAUACCAAUAGGGCUGAUCGCCCAGGUACUUCUUCUUCAUGGCUUCAAACUUUUCGAUAUAUUCGGCCGCCCCCUCGGAGAUGGUGCCGCUGGGCCGGGGCUUUUUGACUCCCGGACGAAGCCUGUAGAUAUGGGCACAUUUCCAUGAUAAGUCGAGUGCAUUGAUCAGACGGGAAGGGUGCAGGGAUUCCUCUCCGGAUCAAAGCUUGUUGUCGGUAGAGCUCUUAUGCUCAUAACUUACCAAAGUGCC